AAUCAGAAAGAUGAAAGAGUCUAGGGCGCGUACGCCAUCUUGUUCACGGGAUUUCCUGGUCUUAUCUAUUUCGAUUCUGUGAAUAUCUCGCUUAAAUGCGGCUUCUGCAUAAUAAUUCACUUCAUGGCUCAAGAGACUCAGCAAAAUGAACCUCGUGGAUCUAUUAGCCUACGAAAUACUCAACUGCAACAUCCCAACACAUUAGCAAUUAUUAAUAAUUACUCAUCUUCUGGGGAAAUUCAUACGAUCCAGAUAUCCAGUUCAUCGGCUAAACUGCCUACGGCAACAUCCAUCUGUUCUUUGUCAGCAAAUAAUCAACCCAUUCAGUACAUUGGACCGGAGGCCAGGACUUUAUGUGUUCCUGUUUGUGGUGCUCAUUCAUCAUAUUCCCAUUCGAUUGUGCACCGUGCAUCCCCCAAUUCAAAUGUUGGAUAUAAUCCUGGAUCAAUGACUCAUGCUCACUGCAGCACUCCUGCUAGCCAGCCUGAUAUGCUUGAAACAUUGCUAUCCAGAAAUGUAUAUAAUACACAGAUUCAUGCACAGAAUCACUCUCCGCGUGUUCUCGGUCCGUCAAUAGUCGUAACCAACAUACCAAGUCAAAAUCCAUCAAUAAUGAGUAGUCCUGCCAAUAUUCGCAACGCGGCUCCUGUUUCAAGCAGUCACUCAAUAGGUCAGACAUAUACAGCCACUACUAGCGCCCCUUCUGUGGUUGCAACAGAUCCAGAAAAACGUCAACUCAUCCAACAGCAGUUGAUCUUAUUACUUCAUGCUCGCCGUUGUCAGCGCCAAGAAGAUGAGAGCAAUGGACGAAUAAGCCAAUGUACAACACCCCAUUGCAACACUAUGCGUGGAGUUUUACAACACAUGACUUCAUGUACACAAGGUAAAAAUUGCCAAACGCCACAUUGUGCUUCCUCUCGUCAAAUUAUAUCACACUGGAAGAACUGUAACAAUCGGGAAUGCCCUGUGUGUGAACCUUUGAAACAAAACCAACACUACCAACGUAAUCAAAUGAUACGUCCGCCUCAAAACUCAACUCAGGUACAUCCAGUCACGAAUCGCAUUCCCGAAGUAAAUGGUGUUGAUUCCAGUCCUCAUUCCUGUGCUGCUCAGCAACCACCUAGCCAACCUUUUCGAGCCACUCCCAUCGCUAGUGUUCCUGUUAACACAGCUGUUACACGAGCACCUGGCUCAGUCAUCCCCAGUACUCAGAUCUCAGAUGCUUCGAACUUAAAUGGUGUCAGUAGUCAUGUCGCAGUGAACUGUACUCCUGUUGAGCAAAAUGACUGGCGAAAAGGUGUGGAUAUAUCUCAACGUAAUCAUGUUGUCCGCAGAAUUGUACGUUUCAUUUUCCCGUUUCCGGAUCCUGCUGCUUAUUCAGAUCCAAGAAUGCGAAAUCUAAUCGAAUAUGCACGCAAAGUUGAACGCGAAAUGUAUGUUACUGCUACAGAUAUUGAUCAUUAUUUUCAUUUAUUGGCUCAGAAGUGUUACAAGAUACACCGUGAGCUAGAAGAAAAACGUAAAAGCCGCCAACUUGGAGUGGACAGUUCAGUAGGGAGUUCUCAAUCUGUAGUAACAUCAUCUUCUGCUGUUAACUCAUCGCAAUUGAAUCAGAGUUUAUCCACAUUGUCUAAUCAGUUAGCUUCACCGUCCAAUUCAGUUUCUUCUACAUUAGGUUCUUGCACAGCAAGCAGAGUUCCGAACUCCAAUAUUACCAACGGCAACUACAAUUCUUCAACUGAGAGCUAUGAAAUGAAUUCAUUUGCAACUCAGGAUUCAAACAACUCAGAAACCGACAUGUCAAGAUUCGAACAUUAUUUACAAAAUGCUUGCAAUCGUCAUCGUUUCAAGUCAGAUUCAGGAACAGCAGGAUCUUCUGAUUCACCUGUUGUAUCCUCAUCAGUUACAAGUCUGAAAACCGCCACGUUACAGUCCAGUAUUAAAUCAACAAUAGAAGAUACCAAAAUGGUCAGCACUCCAUCUGUAGCUGCCCCAGGAGAUGGCAUCCUUGUUAAAAGCAAAGUAGUAAAGGUUGAAAUGAAAGCUGAUGAGACGCCAUGUAACGAUCCACCAGUGAAUAAUGACUCAUUUUCUGUGGACAACACAUCAAACCUUAAUUCAAGCAGUGUCUCAUUAGCUUCAAACAUGUUACCUGUAAAACCAGAUGAAAGCAAGUGGAAAAAGUGGUCACGCGAAGAGCUUUUGCGCCAUUUCCUCCAGUUGCAUGAAGAAGUAUACAAUGAUAAGUAUGCAGAACCUUUCCGUGCUCCAGUCGAUCCAGUAAUGCUACAUAUACCUGAUUAUUUCCAAGUUAUUAAAGAACCUAUGGACCUUACGACUAUUCGAAAUAAUUUGGAGGAUGGUAAGUACACGGACCCAUGGCAGGUCGUGGAUCACUUUCGACUGAUGUUUAAUAAUGCAUGGCUGUACAACAAAAAAACCUCCAAGGUUUACAAGAUGUGCACCAAGUUGGCAGAACUUUUUCAGAGUCGCAUAGAUCAGGUCAUGCAAGCAAUGGGGUUUUGUUGUGGUCAGGAUUAUGAAUAUCAACCUCAGGGUUUGUAUUGUUCUUCUUCAAAUUUAUGUACAAUAAACCGGGAUGCUACUUAUUUCGUCUACAUCAACAAUGAUAAACAAAUCGGCCUCGUAUGUGAUAAAUAUUAUCAAUGUGAAAAAUGUUUUAGCGAAGCUGGGGAUGUAAUUAUAUUAGCUGACGAACCAAAUCAAUCUAUCCCGAUUAAACGAGAGAUGUUUGAGAAACGAAAGAAUAAUGUGAAGGAAAAAGAAGAAUUUGUUAUUUGUGUGGAAUGUGGUAGACGAUGGCAUAAAGUCUGCGCCUUGCACAUGAACGAAAUAUGGCCAAGUGGAUAUAUUUGUCCUGGUUGUUUACGGGAGCGCGGUAUAAAGCGGAAAGAAAACCGGUUCACUGCUAAGAAGCUACCCGUAACGCGCUUGAGCAAUUUCUUAGAAAAGCGUGUUAACGAUUUCCUUAAGAAAAAAGAAGUUGGUACUGGAGAAGUUACUAUUCGCGUGCUGGCAAGUUCUGAUAAGGUUGUAGAAGUUAAACCUUUAAUGCGUGCAAGAUUCACUGAAAGUGGCGAGUUGUCUGAAUCGUUUCCUUAUCGACUGAAGGCUGUGUUUGCUUUCCAAGAAAUCGACGGCCAGGAUGUGUGUUUCUUCGGUUUGUACGUGCAAGAAUAUGGUUCAGAAAGUCCUCAACCCAAUCGUAGAAGGGUUUAUGUUGCUUAUCUAGAUUCAGUCUUCUUUUUCCGACCAAAACAAUAUAGAACAGAUGUGUAUCAUGAGAUUCUCGUUGGUUAUCUUUUGUAUGCAAAGCGAUGUGGUUAUGCGAUGGCACACAUAUGGGCUUGUCCACCUGGCGAAGGCGACGAUUAUAUUUUUCAUAUGCAUCCUACCGAGCAAAAGAUUCCCAAAGCAAAGAGACUCCAGGAGUGGUACCGUCGGAUGCUUCAAAAGGCUAUCAUAGAAGGAAUUGUGGUGGACUACAAAAACAUCUUGAAAGACGCAUUAGACCAUCAACUUGUGUCACCUACAGAGAUCCCUUAUUUUGAAGGUGAUUUUUGGCCAAAUACACUUGAAGAUAUUCUUAAGGAACUGGAAGAGGAGGAAGCUCGUCGGCGUCGUGAGGAGGCAAUGGCUCAGGCAGAGGCUGAAGAUGAUGAAGCAGAUUGUUCAAGCUCCACUAAUGAGGGGCUACCUGGAGAUCCUGAUAAGCGCAGUGGUAAAAAGAAGGCUAAGAAACGCAAAGGUAACAAGAAAGGCAAUACAUCAACUGCAAGUAAAAGAAAACGCCUGGAUGGACCAAUAGACGGUGCUGAAGAACUUUCACGGAAGGUGUACGAUACUAUGGAAAAAUUAAAAGAAAUAUUUUUUGUGAUACGCCUUCACCGACAUAACUCGGCUGCCUCACUUCCACCCACCACUGAUCCAGAUCAACCUGUACAUAGUGAGCUAAUGGAUAGUCGAGAUGCGUUCUUACAGAUGGCCCGGGAAAGGCAUUUAGAAUUUUCAUCUUUGCGUCGUGCUAAGUAUUCUUCUAUGGUCCUGUUGUAUGAACUGCAUAUGGAAUUGCGUCAAAGCUUUAUGUAUAACUGCAAUGUUUGCGGUGCUCAGAUCGAAACUCGAUGGCAUUGUAAUGAGUGUGAAGAAUAUGAUCUGUGCUCUCGUUGUUAUAAGACAGAAAAUCAUCCACAUCCUAUGGUUCAAUAUGGUCUUGGUAUAGAUGAAGAUUCAGGCACAAAUGAAGAAACAGGUGAUAGACCCAGUGGUACUGGUGCUACACCUGAUCGUCGAAUCAGCAUAGAAGGAUGCAUAAGGUCUUUACUUCAUGCUUGCCAGUGCCGGGAUGCAAAUUGCCGCAUGCAGACUUGUGCUCAGAUGAAACGAGUUUUAUGCCACACUCGAAACUGUACCAAAAAAGCUACAAAUAGUUGUUUGCUCUGUCAACAGCUGUUGUCGUUGCUAUGGCACCAUGCUCGAAGUUGUGAAGAGUCUAAGUGUCCUGUCCCCUUCUGCUCAAACAUAAAGUAUAGAGUUAAACAAAAGCUAUUGCAGCAGCGGUUGCAACAAAAUAAGUUGCUCAGACGUCGUAUUUCGACAAUGCACCGAGGAGCACUGCCAACCAGUGAAUCACAACCUCCUACACAAAGUUGUCCUACCUCUGUAAUAGCAUCUAUCUCUUCUACUUCUUUAAAUCCAAGUAGCAUUAAUUCAGUGCAUCAAACUCAAUCUCCCAUUCACCAGUCCUUAACCACGAACACAGUGAGAAACCCACAGUUAUCUACUUCCUCAAACUCAGUAGAAAAGCCUCUAAGUAAUACUACCCCUGUGAGUUUUCAGCCACAAACUCAGGUACAACAACAAGGUCCAGUGUUGCUUUCCACGGGAAAUCCUCAAUAUUCGCAGCCACCUCGUAUCGCAGUACCGACUGUCGCUUCUCAGAACAAUCAGGGUGCAAACCCACGUCCACCUGUUGUAUGUUCUUCAUUAAUGCCUUCCGGAGGUCGUGUCAUAAUGCAGCCACCAAUAAAUACAGGCCCCGUACAACGUACAAAUACUCCAGUCACUGUAUCCGUCACUUCAGGUUGGCGACCUCGCCCAGUAAUAGCUACUGCAUCUCAAGGUACAGUUCACUCGUCUACCGGACAACAGUCACAAGCGCAGCCAACUUCUGCAACAUCAACUCACUCUUCUGUGUCUGUUCUUAACCCUGUAAACAGUCAAAAACCAACCAUAUCUAACAAACCUACGCAAGUUGAGAUAGACCAUGUUAGUCAAGUAAUUAGCCUUAUUAAGGCUACCGGGACUUCAAGCGAUGAACAAAACCGUCGGUUCAUCGCAUGGAUCAAACGCCAUCCCGAGUUUCAUGCUGCCUUUUUUGCUCUACAUUCGCAACAUAAACAACAAGCUGAGCUACGUGCUCAAGCAAAUCAAAGGCGUGUGACUACUUCGGGAAGUAUGCCUGGUACGUCAUCACUAUCUACGAGUUCUGCACUUGCAACUUCCUCAAUAUCUGAUGCCUCCCAAUCUCUUCUAGGUUCUAGUGGGGUUUCGGGUAACGUUGUUAUCGUUCCAUCAUCUGUUUCCGCUAAUUCGAAUUCCCAGAACACAGGAUUAAAUCGAACCCAAAAUAUAAACAGUCUUUCUACACCCAUGUCGUCCAUGUCUGUCGUUACUGGUUCAACCUCUUUAGGUUCUACUCCUGCUGUGAUGCAUCAACCUGUUCAGUGGAUUUCUAUUCAGUCACCAAUCACUACAAAUCAUCACCAACCGUUGAUUACUGGAUGCACUGCACAACCAAUCCAAACUGUCCCAAACACUACGACUCUGCGUUUCCGAGCAGUUCCGGGUACUGCGACAUUAGUGCAGUCACAACCACAACAAGUACAGCAUUUCUAUAAUACGACUCAACUUGGUCCAGACUCUGCGUUCAGUGGCAAUGAAUCUGGAUCUAACAUGUUUGUUUCAGCUACUGGUUCCAAUAUAUUGUCUGUAGGAAAUCAGCAGUCUCAAGUUCUUAGUGCUGUUCCUCAGCGCUUAACCCCAGCUUCAAGUUCAAAUAUGGGUCGUCAGUCCUCUACACCACAAGCAGCUAUUGUACACUUUAGAUCACAACAACAUCAACCCUUGAGUGGUACAGUGAAUGCUAUGCAACCUCACAUAAUACUUACUAACACAACCGCUCCUGCAAGUGGCCCAACCCACCUCUCUCACCAGUCCCAACCACAACUUGUUUCUGCUACUUCCAAUGGUCGUCAAGUUGUUGCUUUAAUGACUCACCAAAAUAUUCCUCAUACAAAUGUUUCUGAUCCAGGAGCCCCUUUACGUGAUUCUGGUUCCAAUAAUUCUGCUAAUAACCUUGGCAACGGCAUACAAUGAUUUCUAUCUUUAAACGUAGAGAGAACACUUUCAUGUUGCUGGCUGUGUAAGUAAUUUUAAAGCUGUUUUUGAGCUGACAUAACAUGGUCAUGUUUUCUGUAUCAAUCCAAGUGCUAGUUAAUUUAUCCCAAAUUACACUGGUAAAAACACAUCCGAAUUGCAGGCUCAAACUAUUAUUCAGGGAGGGGACUUUUAAUAAAUGCUCCAUGUCCCUUCAAUCUAACAACUUUGUGAUUCGUUAAAUUUUAACGUCGCAUUUAUGUUAAUUUUGAUUCCUGAAUUUCCAAGCCAGUUGUGUGCAUUCUUUCACUUUGUUCCGGUGGUCGUUCGCUCUGUUUGGUUGCUGCGCACAUUAUUUUGAUACAUUUUGUAGUUACCCCUCCCUGCUUCACAGUGCUUACACAUCAAAUGAGUUUAUAAUUCCCGAGGAUAUUCAAAAUAUUUUUCCUGUUGUCUUUAUUUCCUGUUUAUUGCGGUCUUCGGAACGAAUUCACAACUCUAUCAGAUCUUACGAAAUUCACUGGUAACGAAUGAUUUGUUUACUUUUAGAUUCAAAUUUGUUUUCUUAUUUAAAUGUAUGAGCUAAUCUUUUGUAGCUCAUACUUUUCUUUUCUUCAGCUUGUUCUAUCAAAUCAGGUUGAAGUGUGUUAAAUAUUUAUCACUGUAUACAUAUAUGUCAGAGUUUUAGAACUGGUUUGGUUGCGCCUCCAUUUGUUCAAUAUCCCAAGAAAUAGUUUAACAUUGCCUUUCCCCCAAAACGUCUUUAUUCGAACUUCGGGGUAAUAUAGACUUGUGUUGUAUAUAGCCGAAGAAACUAAUCUCCCAAAUACCCUUCUUUAUUGCCUAGCUUUGUACAUGCGACACGUACUUUGUGCAGUCAACAUUUUUCUUUCUAUCAAAUUUCCUUCCAUUAUAGUAUAGUAUAACUUUGCUUAUGUAUAUGCUUUUAAAAUCCGGUCUGUUGUCCUUUCACUGAUGUAUCCCCAACACUUACUAUCUUCGAUUUGUCUUUGUACGCAUGAAAUGCGCCUGCUUAUAGGUCACCCACAAAAUUACUUUACUCUGUCUUUGUAAAUUAUUUUCUCUUUUUAUUAAGAGUUCUAUUGUCUAUUAUGUCCUUUUAUGAAAUUGAAAAUCGGAUAAUUGGAUUAUGUGCUGUUGAAAUAAUUUGUUUGGUUUGUUGUAUCAGGAUUAAAAAUUACUCCUGACGUUUGGGAAUUAGCCCUAAAUUUAGUGGCUUUAGUCGUUCAGGAAUACAGAUAAUGCUUUCUUAGUUUGGUUUUCGGAAAAGCUUACUUCUGUAAUUAUGGUGUUUUAUCAUAAAAGUCAUAAUUUAUUCUUCGGAAAUACAGUUUGAGAUCUGCGAUUUUAAAUUCGGCACUAAAUACAAAUUAAAAACCAGGUAUUUGGGAACUCUAAAACCGGUUCCGCUUUCGUGGUGUAAAUAAUUCGUGUAGUAUACAUCUUGACGGUUGUUUUGUGUGGUGUGGUUGUCAUGUGCGUCCUAUUAACCAGUGAUCAAAUUGACUAAGUAAACCUUAUUAUCGCCCCAGCUAUUCAAGUGAUAAAUUGAAGGUUCAUGUCAAUGUGCAUCACUUCAGAAGUAAUGUGGUUAUACUUAAAUCGCAUUUGUCGGAGUGAAUCUUCAUCAUUGGACCUUAAAUGACCCAAUCGUUUCUAAAAACGCUUUUUGAGUCGCUACGUGUGAUUAUCUGCGCAAUAAGAUUAGGUUGCAAAUCAGUUUCGGGACUUGUGUUUAGUGGGACAAACCAUUUUGAAAACCUAGUUACAGAUACCUCUUUGGGUCAGGGUGAUAUAUUUUCCUAGUGAGGGGAAUUUUCCACCAAUUCACACGAUAUACGAUUCAUAAGAAUUCGAAAAUUUGGUUCAAACGUCUUAUGGUUUACUGCCAUUAUAAAACCACCUUUUUGGCUGGUAAUCGUAAUUUUUAAGUUGAGGUUUAAAUCGACAGAUCACUUAGUCAUUGUGUUGUAGUACGAUUCGCAUUUUAACA